ACGCUCACGCUGUGUGUGUGUGUGUAAUGACAAUCUGAAAAUGGCGGAUGGAAGCGGACUCCUUUAACUUUAUCGUAUACAAUAAUAAGCAUAUUAAGUGGGUGAGAUUACGACAGGAUGAAUUUCAGCUGAAGUUAGGGAAAUACCCAGUGUUUCUUCGCAUUAAACUGAAAAGACACCAUUAUUACUGCUAACAAAAAAGGCUGAACGCUAGGCAAUGGAGGAGACCCGCUACAGCAAGCGCCUGCGAACAGGAACACGCCGGCGCUACCAGGAUGAUGGCAUCUCAGAUGAUGAGAUUGAGGGGAAGACGACUUUUGACCUGGAAGAAAAGCUUGAAAGCAGCGACUUCAAUUCAGACUUGGUCAAAAUUAUGGAUGGAAAAGACUUCACUUUUGAGUACAUCCAGCGGGAGGGGCUUCGGGACCCCAUCAUCUUUACUAAAGCAGACGGUCUUGGCAUUCAGAUGCCCGAUCCAGACUUCAGCGUGAGUGACGUGAAACUGUUUGUAGGCAGUCGAAGGAUGAUUGACGUGAUGGAUGUAAGCACUCAAAGGGGCAUGGAGAUGUCAAUGAGCCAGUGGAGGCGGUAUUAUGAAACUCCAGCCUCAGAAAGGGAAAAGCUAUACAACGUCAUCAGUCUUGAGUUCAGUCAUACUAAACUGGAGCAUCUCGUCAAGAGACCUGCCUCCGUUGAUCUGAUCGACUGGGUGGAUAACAUGUGGCCACGGCACCUGAAGGAGAGACAGAGAGACUCUACCAACGUCAUCACUGACAUGCAGUACCCCAAAGUACAGAAGUACUGUCUGAUGAGCGUGAAGGGCUGCUUUACAGACUUCCAUGUUGACUUUGGUGGCACAUCAGUCUGGUAUCACAUCCUGAGGGGACGCAAGGUGUUCUGGCUGAUCCCACCCACGCCACACAACCUGGAACUCUAUGAGAACUGGGUGCUGUCGGGAAAACAGGGUGACAUCUUCCUCGGGGACAAAGCCACCGCCUGCCAGCGCAUUGAGCUAAAACAGGGUUACACCUUUAUGAUCCCCUCAGGUUGGAUCCAUGCAGUAUACACUCCCGAGGAUACGCUGGUGUUUGGAGGGAAUUUCCUGCACAGUUUUAACAUUCCUAUGCAGCUGAACAUCUACAACAUUGAGGACCGCACACGGGUCCCAGCUAAGUUCCGUUACCCGUUUUAUUACGAGAUGUGUUGGUAUGUGUUGGAGCGUUACCUGUACUGUCUCACCAACACCUCUCAUCUAACGCCGGAGUUCCAGAGACACUCACUGGGCAUCGGGCUGAAAAAAGAUGACUUCACUAAACCAAACAACGAGAAUACCGAGGAAAAAACGGAGGUUAAAGAAGAAGGUGACGAGGAGGAAGAAGAAGCUCCCUCUCCUCCUGCCCGUCCUGGGGUGAAGGUCCACCUGACGCCGUUGGAGCUGGAAGGACUCUGGCAGUUGCUGCACAAACUGGAGGCGUUGCCCGCCCACAAGAAGUGUGUACCUGCAGGGAUUAGAAACGCUCCAGCACUUCUCGGUGACAUCCGUGCCCUGCUAGAAGAGCAUGCCAAUGAUGAUCCAAAAUUGUCUUACACUGGAAAACCCAUUGUCACAUGGCCUAAAAGGCCCUCGUGGUACAGGCCUCUCCCUCCUCCCCCAUCUGUAAUGUACCGGCCACGCGCUUCAGGUUCGGGCCCAACGAUGGCCCCGGUGCCACGGCCAACCAAGCCCGCAUCUUCUAUCUCGGCUCUGAGGCGGCGGCGUGUGCGCUGUAAACGCUGCGAGGCCUGCAGGCGCUCCGAGUGUGGAGACUGCACCUACUGCAGGGACAUGAAGAAAUUUGGCGGCCCUGGUCGACUCAAGAAGUCCUGCAUUCUCAGACAGUGCCUGGCUCCGGCGCUGCCUCUGACUGCUGUCUGUGCCAUAUGUAAAGAGGGGAGCCAGGAAGACGCUGAAGGGACCCAGACCACCCAAACGCUCAUGGAGUGCUCUGAAUGUGGUCAGAUUACACACCCAGAAUGUAUAAAGGUCCCAGGGGAGGGUGUGAUCAAUAAGGAUCUUCCCAGUUGCUGGGAGUGUCCCAAAUGUGUCCAAGAUAAGAACACAGAGUCUUCCAGCAGUAAUUCAGAAGAGGAGGGCAAAAGCACUGUUACGACUAGCUCACCAUCCUCUGCUCCUCCUGCUAAGCGGGCGUACAGGGAGGGUAUUGGGGUGGGGGGUCUGCGUUUGGGGCGCAAGGGUCAGCCUCCCCCGUCGCCCUUGUCCCUGCCUCUGACUCGCUCCCGACGCCAACCUCCACCCUCACAGAAAAUCCUGCUGCAGCACCAACAGAGCCGCAAGAGAGCUGGGGCACUGGAGCGACAGCACAGGAAGAGGAUCAAAUUAGAGAGGAGCAAACUCUUCCAGUCGACACGGCCGUCUGUCUCUGUUUCUCCAAAGCUCUUGCGUCAUCGGAGUUUGGAGAGAGGGAGCCUGUUCAGGGCAGGACUCAGCAGGGGCAUGUCCCGCAGGAGAGGCACCUCAUCCUAUCAGGGAAGAGAAGCGCGGCUUAAAAGCGAAGCAAGAAGCGGAGCUCUGCGGGGAAGGACAGAGAGAGAAGAGGAUGGAGACGACAAUAACAAGGAGGAAGAAAACGAGAAGACAGAUAGGAGAGAGAACGGGCUGGGAGGUAAAGAGAACCGGCCACAGAGAUACGGAGGAAGGCCGACGGAAGAUGAGAACGCUGACGGCCAACAGAACGGAGAGCGGGAAACAGAGAGGGAGGAGGACGGAGAGCAGACUCGCUCAGACUCUUCCGGGGUGCUCAGCGAUGAGACCAGAGAUCAGAGGUCAUGCGUGACCGUGACCUUGCAUCCUACACGAGGCAGACGGGAUCCCAGCACUAUUGUCCCCAAGCUACAAGCGAAUGUAUCCUCUGUAAGCCACACCCAAAGCAACAGCGACUUUCAAGGCAAGUCUCUGCUCCGCCCCCCACUCCGGGGUGAUUCACGCCGUGCGGACAAAGCUCACUCUCACACACACUCGCAUGCAGCCAGGCCGCAACUCCAAUCCCCCACCCUUACCAGGAGCACUUCCAAACACGCUCACGUGAGUCAGAGCUUAAGGUGUAGCUCCAAAGAGUCCCAUCACAACACGACACGGGAGAGGAACGGGAAAAACGUGCGACCGGAGAGAGGGAAGCCUCCUGCCUCGUCUCCCAGCUCAACGUCCUGCACAUCACCUGAGCAGAAUGGAGCGAGUGAACCAGGCUGGGGCAGGCUGGUGUGGGUGUCCGUCUUCCGUUACCUGAAUCGAACCGAGCUGUGCGUCUGCAUGGCUGUGUGUAAGAGCUGGUACAAAUGGGGGUGUGAUAAGCGCUUGUGGACGCAUAUCAGUUUGAGCCGCUGCCAGUCCAUCAGCCCACAGGCCCUCUCCGGCAUCAUCAAGCGCCAGCCAGUUACACUGGACCUGUCCUGGGCCAAAAUAUCCAAGAAACAGCUUACAUGGCUCAUCAACCGAUUACCAGGGCUGAAAGAUCUGGUGCUUUCAGGGUGUAACUGGACAUCUGUCUCUGCUCUGAGCUCUCCCAGCUGUCCUUUACUGCGCUCGCUAGACCUACGCUGGGCAGACGGCGUCAAAGAUGCACAGAUCAGAGAGCUGCUCAGCCCACCAGGAAGUAAUAACCGUUCCCAGCUGAGAAACGUGCAGUGCUUGAGGCUGUGUGGUCUAGAGGUGACGGAGGCCACUCUGAGGCUGAUCAUCAGGCACAUGCCCCAGCUGACGAGGCUGGAGCUCUCACACUGCCCUCUGACUGACAACGCUCUCAACCUCCUCACUGCCGUGGGCUCAUCCACACGCAACACACUCACACACCUCAACCUAGCAGGUUGCAGUCGUCUGACGGACCACUGUCUGGUGUAUCUGCAGCGUUUGUCCUGUCUCUCUGUGCUUGACCUGCGCAGCUGUAAAGGAAUCUCCCGUCUGGCCUGCGAGAAAUUCAUCUCCGAGCUGUCCGUCAAUGCCCUCUACUGCCUAUCAGACGAUAAACUUAUCCAGAGAAUAUCCUAGAGCCCAUCCUUCUCUGAGAGAGACAGACAGUUUGGGCUGGUUGGGUGGUGGCAGAGGUGUGUGUGUGUGUGUAUGUGUGUGUGUGUGUGUGUGUGAGUGAGAGAGACAACAUUGCAGCGUGUGUACGUGUAGGAAUGUCAGCAUGAUUGCUCUGUUCGACUACGAUUCAUGUACAGAACAACAUGAUGGAGGAGCUCAAAACAUCUCGGAGGGGCUUUAUGAAAACAAGACUCAGCGAUGGCCACCCCUAAUUUGUACUUAACUCAUUUCCCUUUGGUCUGCAUACACACAAGUGCAGCAGUCGGCAGUCACUGCGUUACAGGCCUGAGAAUCCUCAUGGGCUCUUCCAAUAAGAGUUUUAAGCAGGUGCUAUUCCUCAACAGCCUCUUUUCUAUUGCAGGGCAGGUCUGUAACUUGCAUGCCUCUCCUGAUCCCAUCUUCUCCUUUUCCACUCUUUCUAACUUCUCCGUCUUCUUUACUCCAACGCUUCUGUUGUUUGUAGCAGCGUAAGGGUGUCGCAUUUGGUUUCACUCCUGUGCUUAACCUCUGAAUUUUUUUCAAGAGGAAUACUUUUCAGUUCUUAAUUCCAUUCUCUCUAGUUACAGAGUACAGAUAUAUAUAAAUAUAAAAAUAUAUACACACCCUUGUGUAAAUGUAUUCCUCUCCUAUAGUAUGCCAGAAGAAGAGUCUGUAGCGUUGUAAUUAUUUUUGGAUUUUUUUUUUUUUUUUUCACUUUUUGUUUGUUUUUCAAAAAAAAUA